GUAAGAUGUGAGCGGUCGCUGAGGAGAUGGGAACAAGCCUCCCGUUUACAAACAGCGCGAAUGUUAUUAGAUACUGGGCUCAACAUGGAUUGUCUUCAGAAGAGACAUGGCAGAUCAUAGACUUCAGCUACACAGGAAACCAGUGGGAGGCUGUUGACCAGUAACAGACGAUGAUUUGUUUCCUUUUAGCAAAGUCACUUUUCCUGGGGCUCCAAUCAACGAGGGGACAUUGUAACAACUUGCCUUGAUGCCUGUAAUCCCAAUCCCCCGCCGGGUGCGUUCUUUCCAUGGCCCCCACACUACAUGCUUGCACUCGGCAUGCGGCCCCGUACGGACCACUCAUCUUGUCCGGACCAAGUACAACAACUUUGACCUUUACUUGAAAUCGCGGUGGAUGUAUGGCUUUGUCCGCUUCCUGCUGUAUUUCAGUUGCAGUCUCUUUACGUCCAUGCUGUGGGUGGCACUGUCCAUCCUGUUCUGUAUCCAGUACUUCUCCAUUCGUGUUUCUCUGCGCUUUCAGUACAAGCUGUCCAUAGUGCUCCUGUUGCUGGGGCGCAGGCGUGUUGAUUUCAACACGAUCAAUGAACUCUUUAUCUAUGGGAUCCAUGUGACCAUGCUGCUAGUUGGAGGACUGGGCUGGUGUUUUAUGGUCUUUGUUGAUAUGUAAAUACGAGCACAUGUGAAAAGAGAAAAGUUAUGAGCAUUAUGAUGUAAAAUAUAUUGUUUACAAU